AUAUCCCUCUCUUUCUCCACCCCAAAUCUAUUCCCCCAAAAGAUCAUGUUCCCCAAGGACGGCAAUAAUUCUAGAAGCCAAAGCAAGGGGAGAUGGCUCUGCCUGCCAUCCUGCUUCGUGGGCUCUCCGGUCUCCGACUCCGGUGGCUCCGACCGUUGCGGCCCCUCCACCGGGUCCAAGCCCGAGUUCUCCUGGUUCACGUCGUCCCGAUUCCGAAAGAAGAAGAAGACCGUCCCCAUUGAAGAAGCUUCAGCCCAGAAGAUCAGUCCCUCCGAGAAGCCUUUCAAGGAUCGAACCAAUAGAAGCCGAAGCAGUACCCGACAACUCCAACGUGAUGCAGUCCCCCAACUUCACCCAGGAAUCGGCUUCCAUCAGCCGCACCUCCCACGAAUGCAGUACAGCACCUGCAGUGAAGCGGGGCCGCCCUCCCGGAAACUCGACCCAGUCCGAACCGGGUCCAAGACCAGCAGCCCCGGCUCGCCCGAGCACAUCCGCACGGCUACCGUCGAUAAAAAGCCGGUCCGGACCUGGUCGCUCGAACCGGCCGCUGGGCUCUGGGUCAUGGUGGUGACUUUGGCCUUGGUAGUCUUUCUAGGCCGGGCCUUGGCUGUUUUUUGUUUGUGCUGCUGUGUGUACCUCAUGCCAGUUUUGAGGGUGGUAGAGGAUGAUGGCUCUGGCAGCAAAGGAGUGGGUUCAAGAGAGGUUGAUAUGGAUUCAGAGGAGUAUAAGAAGAGAGUAAUAUUGGAAGGAUUGUUGGAGAGGAAUGGUCGGAAGCCCUCAGGUUUUCUAGUUGCCAUGGCUCCAGCCCGUGGAAAGCGGUAGCGUUGUACAGCCACUGGCUACUGCUGUUGGAUUUGAUUUUGAUGCGCUAUGGAAAAGAUAGUUUUCUAUUUUUUGAAAGAUAUUAUUACAUAUUUGUUUUCAGAUUAUCUUUGAUUCAUGAUUUGGGGAUGUAUCGAGGUGUAAAUGAACAUUUAUUUGAGAAUUAUACCAAGUAGAGACGGAAUUCUAACUAUUUUUUUUAAUCAUAUAUAGGCUCGUCAUUCGAUGGCGUUUAUGAGCAAUAGGCGCUGUCCCAGUUUCAAAGGGAAAAAAAA